GUCGGAUCCGGUUUUGGUAAACACCGGAAGAAAUACAACCAAAUGAAUAAUUCGUUCGCUUGUAGCAUCAAUCAAAUCUUGUGAGCUACAGCGUCGAUUUCUAAAUCUGAUUCCCCCUUUCAAUCUCUCUUCUCUCGGCGAGUCUCCAAGGGUUUUGUUGUUUCUCUUCCAAGCUCGCUAAGGGUUUCUUCGAUCAUAGAGACAGUGCUGAGUUACUUGGCCCUUGUUUUGUUCUCUUCUUAUCAGGGCUUAACGAUUCAUCAAAAGGCAAGAUAAAUUCUUAAUUUUGGUGCAAGUCUUAAGUAGAAGAACAUCAUCUCUAAGAGGCACCUUAACAUGGCAAAUCCAUUACGGCUCUAUCUAGCCUGCAUAAGGAAUACCCUCGAGGCAGCCAUGUGCUUACAGAACUUUCCUUGUCAAGAAGUUGAAAGGCAUAAUAAACCAGAGGUUGAACUAAAGACGAGCCCAGAACUUUUGCUAAAUCCUGUUUUGAUAUGUCGUAAUGAGGCUGAAAAGUGUUUGAUAGAAACAUCUAUAAAUUCACUCCGGAUAAGCCUCAAGGUCAAACAAGCGGAUGAACUUGAAAACAUACUAACCAAAAAGUUCCUUAGAUUCUUGUCCAUGAGAGCAGAAGCUUUUCAAGUACUGAGGAGGAAGCCAGUGCAGGGAUAUGACAUUAGCUUUCUUAUAACAAACUACCACUGUGAAGAGAUGCAGAAACAGAAGCUAAUCGAUUUCAUUAUUCAGUUUAUGGAGGAUAUAGAGAAAGAAAUAAGCGAGUUGAAGAUAUCAGUGAACACCAGAGGAAGACUGGUGGCUACAGAGUUUCUGAAACAGUUCAUGUAAAGCAACUGAGUUGUUAUAAUGUAAGCACUCAUUGUAUUAAUCACUCAUUAUUUGGUCAAAUUCAUCUACACAUAAUAAGUUCUUUUCUCUUGCUACACUUUCUGUUUU